AUGAACGGAACAGGUGGAGUAGUUGUCGGAACUCAGAACCCUAUAAGGGACUACAACCAUAGCACUGAUGAAGAAUAUCAAAGACUGAGAAAACUAGCAGAUGAAGCAUACAAGAAAAGAGAACAACUUAGUCAUGAAUCGCAAACCGCUUACCAACGGGGAGACAAGAAGCUAGCUCAUGAAUUAAGCGAGAAGAGUAAGGCACAACUGAAAAUCGCAGAAGAUUUUAAUAUGCAAGCGGCAGAAUAUGUGUUUGUAGAGAACAAUGCUGACUCUUCCAGUAGUGAAAUUGAUUUACAUGGAUUAUACGUUAAAGAAGCCCUAUUUAUUCUCCAAAAAAGAAUCAAAUUCGCCAUUGAGCAUAAUGAACCACAAUUGAACGUUAUUGUUGGAAAAGGGUUGCAUUCCCAAAACGGAAUAGCAAAGCUCAAACCAUCGAUUGAAGAGUUCUGUGCUCAGCAUGGUAUCAGCAACCAUUUGGAAAAAGGAAAUUCAGGAGUCUUAGUGCUCGAGUUGCAAGGUGUGCAAGUGCCAGUGGAUGGCUCCGGAGUUAAUGUUCCCGCUAAUCAAUACAAUGCCCAACCGCAACCUCAAUAUAACAACAAUGGAGGGAAACCUCAAGGCCAAGUCCAGAAUUAUAAUAACAAUGGCAAUGACAACAAGGACAGUGCUUUGACUAGUAUAUUGAAAAUCUUUUGUAGCUGUAUACAAAGUUUGACGUGA